CGCCGCUGCUGCUGGUGCUGCUGCUGCUCCUGCUUUGACCCGGGACGUAGCUGAAGGUCCUGAACUCCAGGGGUGCUUUUUGAAAACCAGCUUGCUUGCUUGCUUGGAGUGUCUUCGCUCUUGGAGGUUAAAGAUUGUCAUCCGCUAAAUUUAGGAAGGAAAAAAAAACCCACAACAUUUUGUCUUUCCUUGAUUGCCUUCUCGCGAACACAGACUGCUACCAACAUUUGCAAGGGACUUUGUUCAGCAGCCUCGAUCUGCAGGAAAUGCCUCCUGCUGCAAAGAUGACCUCAUAAAUGCCAGCAAGCAGAAGUCAGGAGAAAAGCCCCAGAUUGGCAGCUGUCUACUCUAGGAGAUGUUGAAAAUCUGUCCUCAAAAGAAAGAGCAGCAGCAGAAGAAAAAAAGUGUCAGUGGCCUCGUAUUGGCAUCGAGAGCUCCCUGGGAAACGCCGUUGACUCAGUGAGUGGUGGAGCUGUGGGCCAAAGACAGCAGGACGCUUUGAUUUUUGGGGGGGGGGGGAGAAAUGCCACGCGUCAACUUCGCAAGGUGAUUUUUUUUGAGGUUAUUUUCGGUUUCCUGCAAAGCAUUCCUAGGAGUGGCGUCUUAAGACACUCCACUUGAGAUAGAGGACAUGUUGGAUUCGGUCAAGUGUGUCCUGGUAGGCGAUGCUGCUGUGGGGAAGACGGCCCUGCUGCUGCGCUUUAUUUCGGAGACUUUUCCGGAUGCUUAUCGGCCUACCGUUUACGAAAACACCGGCGUGGAUGUCUUCCUGGAUGGCAGCCAGAUCAGCUUAGGCCUUUGGGAUACCGCGGGCAGCGAUUCCUUCAAGAGCAUCCGCCCUCUUUCCUAUCAACAGGCCGACGUGGUGUUGAUGUGCUACUCGGUAGCCAAUCACGGCUCGUUCCACAGCUUGAGGAACAAGUGGGUGACGGAGAUCAGGACCCACUUGCCCCGCAUCCCAAUUUUGGUGGUGGCUACCCAGAUCGACCAAAGGGACACAGGCCCUCACAGCACCACCUGCAUCAGUCCGGUGCACGGCAAGCAACUGGCUAAGGACAUCCGGGCGAAGGGGUACGUGGAGUGCUCCUCCCUAGCCAAUCGGGGAGUUCAAAAGGUAUUCGAGUGUGCCGUGCGGACGGCGGUGAAUCAAGCCAAAAAAAGGUCGAGAAGAAACAUUUUUUCGGUGAACGAAUGCAAAGUCUUCUGAAACCGGACGGACCUCGGCAUCGUUUUCUGCCUUUCGCCUCACCGAAUGAUUGCGUAGUGGAGUAAAUACGAGCCUUCCGUUAGGCACUAAGAUGGGCUAUUCAACCUUGGCGUCUGGAACUCUCAAAGCAAGGCUGCGGGUUGGAUUUCCAGUAGCAAACCUGGGGGAGUAUGAGUAGCAAGCCGGAGCCUCGUUUAUCUAUCAUUUAUCAUGAUGGGAAUGUUAAAAGAGUUUAUUUGCUACUACAAGUUCUGUUGGAUUCGUAAAAGGGGCUGCUUUCUACGCCUGAGAUAAUGGAUGGAUAAUUUAUAUGGCAGACUUAAUAGAAGCUUGGGAACUGAAUAGGUCAGGAAGAUGUGAAAUAAACCAAGCCAAUUAAAUGUCUUUUUCCUCUAA